UUGAAAAAUUUUAAAUUAUUCUGUAAAUAUUUGCUAAUAAUGAUUAAUUUUUCUUUGGGUUCAAAGCUAGUUCCUAUACAAAAUAUUUCUUAUAAGAAUAUUGCUAGGGCUGAUUUGUUAGAUUAUUUAGUUGAUAAAAAAUAUAGCGUUGAUUAUUCUCUUCUAAAAUUAGAAGAUUUGAUUAAUAAAGUUUUAAAUAGAAAUGAGAAUUUAGCGGAGAAGUAUAGAUAUGCGAUUGAUUUAGAAAGUUAUGACAGGAUUAUAACAGCAAGAGAAAAGAGAGAAGCUUAUGAAAAUUGGUUUCGCUAUCGUAAAUAUUAUCUUUUCUUAGAUCGUCUUAGAAAAGGACAUAUUACUAAAUUUGGUGGUUUUGAUUUGGAAAAAAUGCCUUCUAGUUAUUUUAAAUUCAAUCCUGAAGCUUUAACUCGUUCUAGAUCUGAAUCUAAAAAAUUAAUGAAAAAACAAUUUGAUUAUCUUAUAAAAAAUUAUAACUUUCAAUUCCCUGAUCCAUCGUGGUGGCGCUUAUUACGCAAGCCAAGGCAUUUUCCGUCAUUAUUCAAAAAUUUACGUUCACCUAACUUUCCAACAAAAGCGCAAAAAAAUUUAAUGAAAGCACUUAAUAGUACUUCAGUUUUUGUUGUUACAGAUAAAGUUUUAAAAGACAUGGUCAUAGCUUCUCCUAGUUGGUAUAAAGAUAGAGAUUUUUGUGAUAAGUUUCUUGAAUGCUAUUAUAAUAAUUUUGUUUGGACAAGAGAUAUUAAUUAUAUACAUAUGGGAUUAAUAUUUUUUAAUCCUAAAGAUGCAACUCUAUACAAAAAUAGUAUUAUACAAAGAGAUAGAAUUGGAUAUAAAAUAUAUGGUGCUCGUCUUUUUAGACUAGCAUUAAGUAAAGCAUAUAAAAUGCGAAGUUUAGCACGUCCUAGAUUACAAAUGAUUUUUAUACCUGAUUAUCAAGAACUAACUAAAGUUAUAACUAAAUAUUUAAAUGAUCCUUAUAUCGUUACACAUCCUAAACAGGAAUGUUCUUACAAAAAAAGAUAUUUCAGAGGUGUGCCUGUAUAUAUGAUACACCCAUACAAUGCAAUUAUUAAAGGGAAAGUUUUUAAAAACUUAGAAUUUACCGCAUACACAGAUGAAAAUUCCAUUAAAUAUCCCGUUGUUUUCUUUUCAAGAAGAGAAGCAGAUAAAAUGUGGAGAGAAUUUAUACAUUUCUACAGAAAAAAUGGGGCUAAAAUAGAAGGAUCAUAUCCUAAACUAAUUCUAUAUAAUUUAGAAGACUUAUUAGUAGAUUGUGAAGAAAAUGAUCUUAAUCCAUUGUUUAUUCCUAAUAAUAAAAUAACUAAAGACUUUUUAAUUAAUUAUUAUAAUGAAUAUCCAGAAGAGAAUACUUUAGAUAAAGUUGAAGAAGAGAACUGGUUAACAGACUUCAUGGAUGGAUUAUCUUCUUCUACUAGAAGACUAUUUUUUUCUAUUAAACAAAGUAUAAAAGUAAUGAUUAAUGGUGGUUCACCUUUAUCUAAAGAAGAACUAGAAGAUGCAAUGACUUAUGAAUUCCCAUCAAAAAUUAGAGAUACAAGAUUUAAGAAACAAGUCCUAAAACCACUAGAGCGUGAAGGAAGAAAUUUGAUGUUUCAUUCUUUUAUUAGGCGAAAAAUGAUACGUGAUAGAUACAUAAAAAAUUAUCCGUAUCCUGAAUUAAUAAGAGAAUACAUUGAUUAUAUUGUAAAUAAUAAAUAUAAGUUUUAACUUUAAAUUUUUGAAUAGUAUUCUACUACUAAGAGUUCAUUAAUUUCUAAGGCAACCCAAGUACGAUCAAUUAUCGAAUUAAUUUUGAUAAUUAGAUUAUCUUUAUUAACUGAUAAAUGAGGUGGUAUAUUUAAUAAGCCUGGUGAUAAUAAAUUAUUUUUUAUUAAAUUUUUUGAUUUUUCAUUAUUUUUAAUAGAAAUUAUAUCACCAGGUUUACAUUGAUAACUAGGAAUAUUAACAAUGUGAUUAUUAACUAAUAUAUGUCGAUGAUUUACAAUUUGUCUCGUUGAUACUAUAGUUGGUCCCAUACCCGCUCUAAACAGAAUGUUAUCUAGUCGCAUUUCUAAUAGUUGGAGUAAAGAUAUUCCUGUUGAUCCUCUUAUUUUUUUAGAUUCUUUUAUAUAAUUUAAUAAUUUAUUUUCGCUUAAACCGUAAUUAUAACGUAAUUUUUGUUUUUCUUGUAAUCUAAUAGCAAAUUCAGAGAAUUUUUUGAUUUUUUUUCCUUGUUCUCCUGGCAAGUUUUUUUUAUUUAUUUUUUUUCUGCUUAAGCCUGGUAAAUUCCCUAGUUUUCUAACAAUUUUUAAUUUUGGUCCAGUAUAUUUUGACAUUUUAUAUUCCUAUUUAAUUGUGAUAUAAACUUCUAUUUUUACUU